AAAUUAUUAUACGUUUCUCGUUUUCCUUUUUAUCAUUUUUGAUUUAUCAACAGCGAUCGGGAUAUCAACAAAAGGUUUUAAUCAAAACUAUGUCUAAUCCAGAAGAGUUUGAAGGUGAUAUCGAGUUCUUGGACGAAGAUGCAGAUAUUGUACAACAGUGCGUGCUAAAUGUUGACAAGAAAGCCCAGUUAUGGGUAACUGAGCCAGUCGCCGGUAUACAGGUGGAAAAUAACCUUCUGGUUGAGAGCGUUGACGAGACACAGGAGAGGCUAAGGAGGAAAAGAAAACAACCGACAGCAAAGGACGACGAUCCCGAUUACGACCCGACCGAAGAAAUCACACUAAAGUCCCGAAAACGUAGAUCUUUCGUGCCUCAGAAUGAACUGCGUUUGAAAGUGACAGAAUUCAUUCCCAAAUCUGAAAUUAAGAAGGAUCGCUUCUGCCACAAAAUGGAUUUAGAAGUACGCAGGAAGCUCCAAUUGAGAGUACCAGAUUACAAUGAUCCCUUAUGUUUGCCAGUUCGGUCAGUAAAUAAAGAUUACUCUGAACAAAAAAAACUUAAAAAUUGGAAUAAUUUGUGUUUGGAUCAUUUUAAAAAUCAUGACACACUCUUAAGGGUAAAUAAAAAACCGACGGUUGCUUCAAAAAGGAUUACUGUGCUUAAAAACAUACAUAACAGGAUCUCUGGCAAAGUUGAAACAACAAUAUCCUACAAACUACUAGUUGAAAAUAAAGAUGGUGAAAAAAGGACAGCAGAUAUACAAUCUGUCCUCCCUAAAUAUAGAGAGAAAAAGCUACUCAAUGUCAAGUCAACCGGGCUAAGGAAGCAAAAAGCGAUCUAUACAAAAGAAGAGGUGAUCAUAUCGAAAGAGAUACACAAGGAUGAGGAGUCACUUGUUGUUUACAAACCUAAAGAAUCCUUGUCAUUGGUCUAUAAAAUGUUUGAAAACAAAGAUGAUGAGGGGCAGGUGGAUCCUGAAGAUGAUCCAGGCAGGAAGCAUCUAAAAGAAGUAGCAAGCUGUAAGCUUUGCGCACCGUGCUUUCAGACAUCGUGGAGGGCACACAAAAUCACAAACAAUAAAAAGGUCCUGUGCGUGAUCUGCAAUCGUCCCUGCAUCUCUAUGUACAAUAUGCUGGCCCAUGUAAAGAGUCAUCCACCGUCUGUCGUUCGAGCUUACAAGAAGGAAAUAGCGAUGUGUUUGGCCUCUGUGGUUGAGUAUCAUUACAGAUGCAGGAUUUGCCACGAAAAGUUUCACAGCAUUAAGGCAUUGCGAUUGCAUGUUAAAAAUCAUAAAGGUAAAGAAACAUUUAAAUGUGAAGUGUGCAAUCAAACUGUCACGCCAUCUUAAUUCGUAAUCGUAAGCCAAUACACAUUAUUAUAGAUUUAUAGAUACUUGUUCGUAAUUACGAAUAAUACAGAAUAAAGAUUUAUAAAAUUAAA